AUGGCAUUGCUGUCUAAUGCCCCCAGCAUGUACCAGUCUUCGUCCUCGGAGAUGCUGAUGCCCGCCUAUUCAACAGUGAGGCCCUACGAACCACUCUAUCCCUCACCCUACAAUUCACCGGAUUACGAUCACAUUGCGGUUAAUUACAAUGAUCACAAUGCUGUCGAUGUCAUGAUGACUCCUAGGCGAAAUGUCGAGUGCAAUGACAGUUACAAUGGUGAUAAUUGCCACGAGUAUGUUGUACCCGAUGGAUACGAGAGAGAGUCUUACGGUCUUCUGACACCAGUUACACCGCAGAGAUUCACCUCACAUAGUUCCGUGGAGGAGAACUCAAUGGAUUAUCAAGCCCCUGUGUACUGCUAUGAGACGUCCCAGGAGAUUGGAUACAAUGUGAAACAUGACAGGAAUCAAGACGUUGGGGAUUCGAGAAAAAAUUAUUGGGAGCCAGCACCGGUUCAAGACUCACCGACGUCGAGCCCUCGACGAGGGAGACGAAGAUCCCGCGAUGUCCCGCCAUCACCAGGUGUUCUCAAACGUCGAAGACUGGCAGCAAACGCGCGGGAACGUCGCAGAAUGAACGGCUUGAACGAUGCAUUCGAUAAAUUGAGGGAAGUGGUGCCGAGUCUCGGGGCUGAUCACAAAUUGAGUAAAUUUGAGACACUGCAGAUGGCACAGACCUACAUUGCCGCACUGUGCGAUUUGCUCGAGCGGCACGACAACGAACACUGA